CCAUGGAGGACAGGCUGCAGGAAGAGAAGAAACAACAUAGGAAUAAAGAACAUGAUGUGCUCCAGUUCAUCCUUUUCAUUUCUUUUAUGGCACCUUAGGUUGCUCUGACAUAACUUCUCAGUCGAGUUUGCACCAAAAUGUGCGGCUGCAAAAAGUUGUACAAGCUGACCUCAUGCAUGUCCUGUGACAGCCAAUAGGAUGUGUUCCUCGCAUCCCUCCUACCUUCUCUUUGCUCCAUGACUGAGCAGCAUCACAGCACAUCUGCUUCAUGUUAGCCACAGUGUUAUCUUUGGACAAACUAGCAAACAGUCCGUUUUAAAUGAAAUUACCUUUGCCAGGAGAACCCAGGACAAGCGCAUGGUGAACUUGUUAUUUUUUUUAAAGUUUCCACAUUUGUGUCUGAAAGGUUUUUAAAGCGUCCCCUUCACCCUUUUACAGCUAAGGUUGUCAGUCAUUGUCAUAGAUACCAAGUUAGUUCGACGUUUUCGGUUGCUUAUACGAAAACAACACCAGAAGUUGUUUGAAUCGCCAAUUGGUCAGUAGAGGUAUAUAAGGCGGGAGUUUAUACAUUCUCUAUUGACUAUUGGUCAGAAUCACCCGACGUCAACCAACCAGUUUGCGGCAUUUUUACACAAACGAAUGGUAGGCCUCAGAUUUGAUUAAACCCCGCCUAUUCUAAUGACCCUAAAGUAAAACCUCAACACAGUAGUCUUCUGGUGACCAACCUAGUCUCCGUAUUUGUGGUUAUCUCUUCUUAAUCUUGCCAUUAUGGCCUCCAUGGCUUUAAGAUCAGCACUCAAAGCGAAGGUUCCAUUUAAAGUUGGCCGCAUGUGCUACUCUUCUUCGGUGGCAACCAACGAGGUGAUCGCCCGUGUGCCAAAAGCCACCCAGCAGGAAAUGUUGGCUGCUGUGGACUCUUGUUCCAAGGCCUUCACGUCCUGGUCCGAGACCUCCAUCCUGGCCCGACAGCAGGUCUUUCUGCGCUACCAGCAGCUCAUCAAAGACAACAUUAAAGAGCUUGCCAAGUCCAUCACAGUGGAACAAGGCAAGACCCUUGCAGACGCAGAGGGGGAUGUGUUCAGGGGAUUGCAGGUUGUGGAGCACGCCUGCAGCGUCACCUCUCUGAUGUUGGGUGAAACUCUGCCCUCCAUCACCAAGGACAUGGACACGUAUACAUACCGCCUCCCCCUCGGGGUAUGCGCUGGCAUCGCCCCUUUCAACUUCCCCGCCAUGAUCCCGUUGUGGAUGUUCCCUAUGGGAAUGGUGUGCGGCAACACGUACCUUCUAAAACCUUCCGAGCGGGUACCUACAUGUGCCAUGCUGCUGGCCAAGUUGCUGCAGGAUGCUGGCGCUCCGGACGGGACCCUCAACAUUAUCCAUGGACAACAUGACGCUGUAAACUUUAUUUGUGACCAUCCGAGAAUCAAGGCCAUCAGCUUCGUUGGCUCCAAUCAAGCAGGGGAGUACAUUUAUGAGAGGGGCUCCAAAAAUGGCAAGAGAGUGCAGUCAAACAUGGGCGCAAAGAACCAUGGCGUUGUGAUGCCCGAUGCCAACAAGGAAAACACUCUCAACCAACUUGUGGGUGCAGCGUUCGGGGCUGCAGGCCAGCGCUGCAUGGCUCUGUCCACGGCCAUCCUGGUGGGCGAGGCUCGCAGUUGGCUGCCAGAGCUGGUGGAGCGCACCAAGGCGCUGCGUGUCAAUGCAGGAGACCAACCUGGUGCAGAUGUGGGUCCACUGAUCUCCCCUCAGGCCAAGGACAGAGUCUGCAGUCUGGUCCAGAGUGCAGUGGAUGAGGGUGCUAAGGUGCUCCUGGAUGGCAGACAUGUUAAAGUUACAGGUUAUGAGAAGGGCAACUUUGUGGGUCCAACCAUCAUUGGCAAUGUCACACCUCAGAUGAAAUGCUACACAGAGGAGAUUUUUGGACCUGUGCUGGUCGUUCUGGAGGCCAACACUCUGGAUGACGCUAUCCAUUUGGUCAAUGAGAAUCUCUAUGGCAAUGGUACCGCCAUCUUCACUACAAACGGGGCCACUGCUCGCAAAUACACACAUGAGGUGGAUGUGGGCCAGGUUGGAGUCAAUGUUCCCAUCCCAGUGCCACUGCCCAUGUUCUCUUUCACGGGAUCAAGAGGAUCUUUCAGAGGCGACAUGAACUUCUACGGAAAACAAGGCAUUCAAUUCUAUACGCAGAUCAAAACCAUAACCUCACAAUGGAAAGCUGAGGAUGCUACCCUCAAGAGUCCAGCCGUUACCAUGCCAACCAUGGGACGCUAGAAAAGCAGUCCCAUGGUUGCAAAGUGACGAAAUGGAAAUGACUGUUCAAUGACUCAGUGGCAAUUGCUAAUAAAUAGUACAGUAGUUCCCUUUUUAAAGAUUGUGUAUGACAACAGUAUCUAUAUGGAUUAUCUUGCCAGUGAAUGAUGCUUUGUGCACAUAAUGCUGGUAUUUAUUUCCACAUUAAAUAUUGGGACACCUGGUCAUUAGAGCUAAAGUAAUGGAAAAUGUGGAGUUGUUCUUCACUUUGCAGCAUCUACUCUUAUGGGAAUACUUUCUACAAGAUAAGGAUGUUGUUUGGACAUGCAUGGACCUUGCCAAAACAAAACAUGAAGUUGGAAGGCUAGAAUCCAGAAUAACAUGUUUAGAUAAACAAGACAGAGUCAAAGUGUAUCCAAAUAUGUCAAUCAACCAUGAGUAUUUAGAAUAACACUGCACCCAACAUGGUUGGAAAAGUGAAAAUGAGGUGUGAUACUUGUGACAAAGACAAUCCAAAGUGUAAUGGUGGACCAGAGGUCACAUGGUGCGUCUACCCAUGGUUGGAGUUUGCGGGCAGGAGGGAGUCAGGAGCUUGAGUAAUGAAGGUUGACGGCGCGCAGAGCUUCUCUCUAAUUCGAAAAAAAAUCAUUAUCAUUUUUCGGCACAUAAAUAUAGCAGAUUCAUCUCGUUAAGUUCAUGUUCUCACAGCACAGUGUCUUUGCAGCUAAACAUGGAAUGUGGGCACAGUGAAUCGUAAUUGCAAGGAUGAGGUACAACUUUUAUUCUCCAACAUUUAUUUUGUGUCUUACCCAGCAACAGAACUGUCACUGUGGAACGUCUUCUCAGACGGACGGGGAUGCCACUGGAUUGUUGGUUCUCCUGUCAUGGAAAUGCAGAUUUGCUGUUCAUGCAGAAACUCCUUGCCAUGUUUUACACAUUCCUUCUUCUCACAUAGACUUGUUUCUUUAUGGCUGCAUUCACACCACACUGUAUUUUUGCUCCCAUGUGGAAUAGUUCAGAUUUGGGCUACGGCAGUGUAAAAUGCAUUGAAUCAUAUAUCCUUAGUCAGAACCACAUCUUUUAUAAAUGUGGAUGAAAUCUGAUAUGAAUGGUAAAGAUUUCCUGGUUUUAAACCCUUCAUUGGUUUGACCAGGCAAAUUGAAUGUGUCCCUUGCAUUUUCUACCGAAAUAUACAGUAUCCUACAAAAGUCUGUACACUUAACACUUAAAUUUAAUUACAGUAUAUUUUUUUCGAGACGCUACUGUAAAAAUGGCAACUGGCUAUAUUUUAGGGCUUAGCUUGAAUAGCAGUGUAGACAUAGUAUAUCAUGAAAAUGACUAAAUAGCUGGCAACACAAAUGAUUAGCACCUUCUGUUUAUUUAAAAAAUCCUCGAAAAAAUUGUUGCACAGCAGCUAAAUGAACACUUGGUGUCUAACAAUCUCUGUGAACCCUUUCAAUCCGGUUUCAGGGCAAAUCACUCUACGGAGACAGCCCUCGCAAAAAUGACUAAUGAUCUAUUGCUAACUAUGGAUGCUGAUGCGUCAUCCAUGUCGCUGCUUCUGGAUCUUAGAGCUGCUUUCGAUACCGUCAAUCAUAAUAUUGUAUUAGAGCGUAUCAAAACACGUAUUGGUAUGUCAGACGUAGCCUUGUCUUGGUUAAACUCUUCCAUAACAAUGUGACCUUGUAGUAUGUUAAGGUAACGUGUGGAGUUCCCCAGGGUUCGGUUCUUGGCCCUGCACUCUUCAGCAUCUACAUGCUGCCGCUAGGUGACAUCAUACGCAAAUACGGUGUUAGCUUCCACUGUUAUGCUGAUGACACCCAACUCUACAUGCCCCUAAAGCUGACCAACACGCCGGAUUGUAGUCAGCUGGAGGCGUGUCUUAAUGAAAUUAAACAAUGGAUGUCCAGCAACCUUUUUGCAACUCAACGCUAAGAAAACGGAAAUGCUGAUUAUCGGUCCUGCUAGACACCUAUUUAAUAAUACCACUUUAACAAACCUCCAAGGUUUCUCAUUGUUAUCCCAUUGGGUUGAGUUUUUUCUUGCCCUGAUGUGGGAUCUGAGACGAGGGUGUCGUGGCUUGUGCAGCGCUUUGAGACACUCGUGAUUUAGGGCAAUAUAAGUAAACAUUGAUUGAUGAUUGAUAUUUGUGUCUUGCCAAUUGUCAUGCGAGGUGACUUGGGCUGCAUGAAUGCUGCCAGUGAUGGGGAGUUGUGGUUCAUUGAGGGACCGCUGAAUUCCAACAUGUACUGUGACAUUUUGAAGCAAUGCAUUACGCCUUGUCUUAGGAAACUGGGCCACAUGGCAGGUUGCCGACAUAAACCGAAACAUCUUUCUCUCAGAGGACAGUAGGCCUGUACUGCAAUUAUGGCCAGGAAUAUCGGUGUGUUUAUAAGAGUGAAACAACAAACAAGCUUUGACCCAUUUACACGGUAAAAGUCAAAGUGAGUCCACACUUUUAAUUUUAACUGUGGGAUGUAUACAUUUUACGUCGCUAGUCAAGUCAACUAAAAGUGCUGCUGUUUUUUCUUUUGCAACUUUGGACCUCUCCCUGACCAUGUAAAACAGUGACAAGACACAUGAAGUGGAAACAAAAUAUGGAAUUAUUAAUGGCAAAAAACUCAAUUGUAUUGUAAGGUUAAAUAUUGCCAUAACAAUAUGUCACAUUCCUAACUGUAAUACAAGCUGUACAAAGACUACCUGUCAGAUAUGUUUAUAUUUCUAUACAGUGCAUUUGGAAAGUAUUUAAAGCGUGUUACUUUUUACACAUUUUGCUGUUACAGCCUUCAUUUCAAAAUGGAAUACGUUCAUUUUUAUCUUCAAAAUUCUACACACAAUACACUAAAAUGACAAUGUAAUUUUGUUUAUUUUUUAAAGAAACAACUAAGAAAUCACAUGUACAUAAGUGUACAAAGCCUUUGCCAUGAAGCUCAAAAGUGAACUCGGGUGCAUCCUGUUUCAACUGAUCAUCCUUGGGAUGUUCUUACUGCUAAGUUGGAGUACACUUGUGAUAAUUUCAGUUGGUUGUACAUUAUUAACAAAGACAC